ACGUGAGAACAGUCUCGUGGAACCACAAGUGAACUCUCAAACUGUUUUGUUUUGAUGUUGACAACGGCAGCCGGCCGGCACGCCGCUGUUGGCGCGCUUUUCAAAAACGAACGAUGAAACUCGCAAUCAUUUCGCUAGGAAAAUACGAAACUAUCUUCUACUUCGGAGCCUGGAUAAUCGGCGUUUUUUACUCUAUUUAUAAAGUUCAUCUGAUCAGUUAUUAUUUUGCUGAUUACAAUGCAGCUUACGACGACUUCAGCCCAGGAUGGUCAUGGAUCGGAGGUAAACGUGAUACCUCAGAUAUCGAAUGGGCUCUGUGGAUUCCAUUCAUGUUCGAUAUUUUUCCUUGGACUGUCGUGCAGCUUGUUGUUAGCCAAAUUCUUAAAUCUUAUCAUAACAGUACAAUCAAACUAUCUUUAUGGAAUUUGGGCAUAUCUUUGGUAUUCCUCUGGAGAUACUUGGGAGUUCUAGGGAUGCUGUGCAUGUUGAUACAACCGUGCAUAGCUUGUCUACUUGUCUCGAUAAAGAGUAAAAAAAUAUCUUGUAUCGUCCACCUCUUGUCACUGGGUGGAUUACAAAUGGCAAAAACGAUGCACGUUGUAAUGCAAAAUUGGUUGGGUCUGGGAGACGUGAAGUAUCAGAUGUUUAUAAUUGGCAUAUGUUGGAUGCAGUUGAGAUGUAUAAGUUGCAGUAUCGAUAGAAUUGAUAGCUAUAAACACGAAAAUUUGAGCUCGUUUAUGCAGGAUCUUUUGCACAGUCUUGCUUACUGUUUGUACUUGCCAACGUUGUUUCUGGGACCACUGAUCUUGUAUGGAGAAUUCAUCGAUGGUAUUCAAAAAGCACCAAGCAAAUGGGACUCGAAGCGUUCGAUGAAAUUUUUGCUGAAUUUACUUCGUUAUUUAUUUUGGCUUCGAUUCACUGAAUUUUCCAUGCAUUUUCUUCACUUCAAUGUUUUGCAGUAUCAUCCCAAGCUCGUAGAAGAGAUGGACUGUUGGGCUUUUUAUGGGUUCGGAUACUGCAUGGGUCAAUAUUUUCUCAACAAGUAUGUAGUAGUUUAUGGAAUUUGGGGCGAAUUCAGCAGAGCUGACGACAUUAACGCACCUCCUCAUCCAAAAUGCAUCGGACGAAUUCAUCUUUACUCCGAUAUGUGGAAACACUUUGAUCGGGGACUGUACAAUUUUCUCAUAAGAUAUAUCUAUGUGCCGGUAUCAAGAAAAAACAUUCCAACAGCCCGAGUUUUCGCUUCGUUCCUAAGUUUCAGUUUUGUCUUCCUCUGGCACGGAAUACAAAUGUUUAUUUUCAUAUGGUGCCUUUUAAACUUCAUUGGACUAACCGUUGAAGGAUUUGCUCGCUCAGUUGGAAAUUCUUCAACGUAUCUCAGGCUCGAAGCACAGUAUCUCAGCCCUCGGAAUAGUCGCAGAUUCAGAUGUGCAUUGGCUGCACCUUUGUUGGUUUUCUCUGCAACCUCCAAUUUUUAUUUUUUUGCAGGAGAAGAAAUUGGUCACAUUUUCAUGUAUCGAUUGUUCCAUGAUUCGUUCUUGAGUAUUGGGAUGCUGGUAUUUCUCCUUUAUUGCUGCUGUCAAGUAUCGACAGAAUUGAAAAAUUGUGAGAAAGAAAAAUCGUUUCGAGGAAGAAGAACCGACGUGCUGAAUUGGAAAUAAUUCUGAUACAAAACCAUGUGAGGAUGACCAUUGAGCAUUUCCUUAUAACAAAUAUUUGUUUUCCAUCAGAGAUUUUAUAAAUUUUUUUCUAGUAAGA